ACCCGCGGGCCAUGCAGGCCGAGUGCCCCCCGGCGCCCGGUCCAGGCUGCAGGCGCCCCCCGCCCCGGGCUACCGGCCGGGACCCCGCGGCCGCGCUCGUGUCGGUGCCCGCGCCGCCGCAGGGCCCUGCCGUUAGCGGCGGCUUUGCGGACUUGGAGUUCGCGACCCCGCAGGAACCAGAGCCGCGGGACCCGGGGACGUGGGCGGGGGCGGCGGCAGGAGCCCAGACACCGUCGACGCACAGCCAGGUGCCAGCGCACAGAGCCCCCCAAGGAAAAGCCUGGCUGGAUGAGGUCAUGGCAGCCUCAGCCCUCACAAGCCUGUCUACCAGCCCCCUCCUGCUUGGGGCUCCAGCUGCAGCUUUCAGCACAGAGCCUGGCUUACAGCCCUGGCAGAAGAGCCUGGUGAGGCCACGAGGCAGUUACAGCAGCAGCCCCAGUGGGGACUGGGGCUGGGACCUGGCCAGUGAGCAGACCUCCCCAGCCACCCCGUCGCCCCCACUGCCCCCUGAGGCAGCCCACUUCCUGUUUGGGGAUCCUGCCCCUAGGAAAAGGAAGAGCUCGGUGCAGGUCCUGUUCCAGUGUCUGUGGAAGCGCUGUGGGAAGGUGCUGAGCUCCGCGUCCACGAUGCAGAGACACAUCCGCCUGGUGCACCUGGGGCGGCAGGCGGAGCCAGAGCAGAGCGAUGGUGAUGGCGAAGAGGACUUCUAUUACACGGAGCUGGAUAUUGGUCUGGAUGCGCUGACCAACGGGCUUUCCAGCCUAACGCCGAUGUCCCCUGCAGCCUCCAUGUUGCCCGCAUGCCCCCACGUGGAGCUGCCGGAGUCCCGGGCCCUGCCUGGCUUGCUGCACCCACUGGCCCUAUCCCCACCCCCGGGGCUGAGCUCUGUGGCAACAGCCCAGGUGUGCCGCAGUGACCACGCCUACCAGGGCUGCCUGGCACCCACCCAGCUGGAGUCACAGCGCACCACAGGCAGGGCCUGCGUGCCCGCCCUGCCCUCCAAGCUUGGUGCCAGCCUGAGGAAACCCCGAGGUGACGCCAAGAAGUGCCGGAAGGUGUAUGGCACGGAGCGCCGGGACCUGUGGUGCGCUGCCUGCCGCUGGAAAAAGGCCUGCAGGCGUUUCCUGGACUGAGCCGCCUCGCCUCGCAUUCUCCCUUGGGAGUUAGAGGACACCAAGCUCCACCCCCAGCCCCUGCCUGGGGUCUCUCCUAGCUGCAGGGUCUACUUUUUAAUGGGGACCCCCAGGGGUGGAGGAGAGGCCCGCCACUCAAAGUGCCUUUGAAGAAACCAGCCUUUUGCACUAAAGCCCCAGGGUCCCCCGGGGUAACUGCCCUCCCUGCCUGUCCAUGGACUUGUCAAGGGUGCGGCGGAUGGACCCAGGAUUGAGGUCACAUGGGAGCCAGUCCUGGGUGCACUUUGAGGGGUUUCGAGGAGGGGCCUCCCAGCCCGCAGGUGACCUGAUGGUUCAAGGGCCCAGGGCUGACAUUCGUACCAUGUUUGCAAAGCUCAGGUAUCUUGCCAGGCGAGGAGAAAAAUUAAAGGUUUGGGAUUUUUCCAGAAGUUGUGCCUGCCUCCUGGGGGGAAGG